AUGGUAGCUUGGGAUCGCCACGACAACACAGUCAUCACCGCCGCCAACAACCUGACGCUCAAAGUCUGGAACUCCACCACCGGAAACCUCAUCCACAUACUGAUGGUAUAUACACACACACACACACACAGACACACACAGACACACACAGACACACACAGACACACACACACACACACACACACACACACACACACACACACACACACACACACACACCACACACACACACACACACACACACACACAGACACACACAGACACACACACCCACACACACACACACACACACACACACCACACACACACACACACACACACACACCACACACACACACACACACACACACACACACACACACACACACACACACACACACACACACACACACACACACAACACACACACACACACACACCACACACACACACACACACACACCACACACACACACAACACACACACACACACACACACAGAGACACACACACACAGACACACACACACACACACACACACAGACACACACAGACAGACACACACACACACAGACAGACAGACAGACAGACAGACAGACAGACAGACAGACAGACAGACACACAUACACAUACACAUACACAUACACAUACACAUAGACAGACAGACAGACACUGAUUUGAUGGAUUAAUUGAUUGAUUGAUUGAUCCCAGGGUCAUGAGGACGAGGUGUUUGUCCUGGAGCCACACCCCUUUGACCCCCGCAUCCUUUUCAGCGCCGGGCAUGAUGGGAAUGCCAUCGUCUGGGACCUGGCCAGGGGGGUCAAGAUACGAUCCUACUUCAACAUGGUGAGACGGGGGGCAGGGGGGGUGGGGUGGGGCAGGGGUGCAGGUGGGGUGGGGUGGGGCAGGGGGUUUGGGGUGGGGCAGGGGGGCAGGUGGGGUGGGGGGGCAUGUGUGUGUGUAUUUAUGAUGGUUCAGGGUAGGGGUGUGUAUUUAUGAUGGUUCAGGGUAGGGGUGUGUAUUUAUGAUGGUUCAGGGUAGGGGUGUGUAUUUAUGAUGGUUCAGGGUAGGGGUGUGUAUUUAUGAUGGUUCAGGGUAGGGGUGUGUAUUUAUGAUGGUUCAGGGUAGGGGUGUGUAUUUAUGAAGGUUCAGGGUAGGGGUGUGUAUUUAUGAUGGUUCAGGGUAGGGGUGUGUAUUUAUGAUGGUUCAGGGUAGGGGUGUGUAUUUAUGAUGGUUCAGGGUAGGGGUGUGUAUUUAUGAUGGUUCAGGGUAGGGGGGUGUAUUUAUGAUGGUUCAGGGUAGGGGUGUGUAUUUAUGAUGGUUCAGGGUAGGGGUGUGUAUUUAUGAUGGUUCAGGGUAGGGGUGUGUAUUUAUGAUGGUUCAGGGUAGGGGUGUGUGUUUAUGAUGGUUCAGGGUGUGUAUUUAUGAUGGUUCAGGGUAGGGUGUGUUAUUUUGUAUGUGUUUAGUCAGGGUAGGGGUGUGUAUUUAUGAUGGUUCAGGGUGGUCAGUAGGGGUGUGUAUUUAUGAUGGUUCAGGGUAGGGGUGUGUAUUUAUGAUGGUUCAGGGUAGGGGUGUGUAUUUAUGAUGGUUCAGGGUAGGGUGUGUGAUUUAUGAUGGUUCAGGGUAGGGGUGUGUAUUUAUGAUGGUUCAGGGUAGGGGUGUGUAUUUAUGAUGGUUCAGGGUAGGGGUGUGUGUAUUUAUGAUGGUUCAGGGUAGGGGUGUGUAUUUAUGAUGGUUCAGGGUAGGGGGUUUGUAUUUAUUGAUGGUUCAGGGUAGGGGUGUGUAUUUAUGAUGGUUCAGGGUAGGGGUGUGUAUUUAUGAUGGUUCAGGGUAGGGGUGUGUAUUUAUGAUGGUUCAGGGUAGGGUGUGUUGUGUUAGGGUGUAUUAUGAUGGUUCAGGGUAGGGGGUGUGUAUUUAUGAUGGGUUCAGGGUAGGGGUGUGUAUUUAUGAUGGUUCAGGGUAGGGGUGUGUAUUUAUGAUGGUUCAGGGUAGGGGUGUGUAUUUAUGAUGGUUCAGGGUAGGGGUGUGUAUUUAUGAUGGUUCAGGGUAGGGGUGUGUAUUUAUGAUGGUUCAGGGUAGGGGUGUGUAUUUAUGAUGGUUCAGGGUAGGGGUGUGUAUUUAUGAUGGUUCAGGGUAGGGGUGUGUGUAUUAUGAUGGUUCAGGGUAGGGUGUGUAUUUAUGAUGGUUCAGGGUAGGGGUGUUGUAUUAUGAUGGUUCAGGGUAGGGGUGUGUAUUUAUGAUGGUUCAGGGUAGGGGUGUUAUUUAUGAUGUUCAGGGUAGGGGUGUGUAUUUAUGAUGGUUCAGGGUAGGGUGUGUAUUUAUGAUGGGUUCAGGGUAGGGGUGUGUAUUAUGAUGGUUCAGGGUAGGGGUGUGUAUUUAUGAUGGUUCAGGGUAGGGGUGUGUAUUUAUGAUGGUUCAGGGUAGGGGUGUGUAUUUAUGAUGGUUCAGGGUAGGGGUGUGUAUUUAUGAUGGUUCAGGGUAGGGGUGUGUAUUUAUGAUGGUUCAGGGUAGGGGUGUGUAUUUGAUGCAGGUAGGGGUUUAGGUAGGGUGGUGUGUAUUUAUGAUGGUUCAGGGUAGGGGUGUGUAUUUAUGAUGGUUCAGGGUAGGGGUGUGUAUUUAUGAUGGUUCAGGGUAGGGGUGUGUAUUUUGAUGGUUCAGGGUAGGGUGUGUGUAUUUAUGAUGGUUCAGGGUAGGGGUGUGUAUUUAUGAUGGUUCAGGGUAGGGGUGUGUAUUUAUGAUGGUUCAGGGUAGGGGUGUGUAUUUAUGAUGGUUCAGGGUAGGGGUGUGUAUUUAUGAUGGUUCAGGGUAGGGGUGUGUAUUUAUGAUGGUUCAGGGUAGGGGUGUGUAUUUAUGAUGGUUCAGGGUAGGGGUGUGUAUUUAUGAUGGUUCAGGGUAGGGGUGUGUAUUUAUGAUGGUUCAGGGUAGGGGUGUGUAUUUAUGAUGGUUCAGGGUAUGGGUGUGUAUUUAUGAUGGUUCAGGGUAGGGGUGGUAUUUAUGAUGGUUCAGGGUAGGGGUGUGUAUUUAUGAUGGUUCAGGGUAGGGGUGUGUAUUUAUGAUGGUUCAGGGUAGGGUGUGUAUUUAUGAUGGUUCAGGGUAGGGGUGUGUAUUUAUGAUGGUUCAGGGUAGGGUGUGUAUUUAUGAUGGUUCAGGGUAGGGGUGUGUAUUUAUGAUGGUUCAGGGUAGGGGUGUGUAUUUAUGAUGGUUCAGGGUAGGGGUGUGUAUUUAUGAGGUUCAGGGUAGGGGUGUGUAUUUAUGAUGGUUCAGGGUAGGGGUGUGUAUUUAUGAUGGUUCAGGGUAGGGGUGUGUAUUUAUGAGGUUCAGGGUAGGGGUGUGUAUUUAUGAUGGUUCAGGGUAGGGGUGUGUAUUUAUGAUGGUUCAGGGUAGGGGUGUGUAUUUAUGAUGGUUCAGGGUAGGGGUGUGUAUUUAUGAUGGUUCAGGGUAGGGGUGUGUAUUUAUGAUGGUUCAGGGUAGGGGUGUGUAUUUAUGAUGUUUCAGGGUAGGGGUGUGUAUUUAUGAUGGUUCAGGGUAGGGGUGUGUAUUUAUGAUGGUUCAGGGUAGGGGUGUGUAUUUAUGAUGGUUCAGGGUAGGGGUGUGUAUUUAUGAUGGUUCAGGGUAGGGGUGUGUAUUUAUGAUGGUUCAGGGUAGGGGUGUGUAUUUAUGAUGGUUCAGGGUAGGGGUGUGUAUUUAUGAUGGUUCAGGGUAGGGGUGUGUAUUUAUGAUGGUUCAGGGUAGGGGUGUGUAUUUAUGAUGGUUCAGGGUAGGGGUGUGUAUUUAUGAUGGUUCAGGGUAGGGGUGUGUUAUUUGAUGAUGGUUCAGGGUAGGGGUGUGUAUUUAUGAUGGUUCAGGGUAGGGUGUGUAUUUAUGAUGUGUUCAGGGUAGGGGUGUGUAUUUAUGAUGGUUCAGGGUAGGGGUGUGUAUUUAUGAUGGUUCAGGGUAGGGGUGUGUAUUUAUGAUGGUUCAGGGUAGGGGUGUGUAUUUAUGAUGGUUCAGGGUAGGGGUGUGUAUUUAUGAUGGUUUCAGGUGUAGGGGGUGGGUAUUUAUGAUGGUUAAUGGGUAGGGGGGUGAUUUAUGAUGGUCAGGGUGGGGUGGUAUUUAUGAUGGUUCAGGGUAGGGGGGUGUAUUUAUGAUGGUUCAGGGUAGGGGUGGUAUUUUAUGAUGGUUCAUUGGUUAGGGGGGGUGUAUUUAUUGUAUGGUUUCAGGGUAGGGGUGUGCCGAUCUCGUCAUACUGUAUCCGUUUAAUCACACUUGAUACUUGUAAUCAGACUUAUUCAGGAUCGGAAAACCCGGAAGUGCGCUUUAAAUACCGAUAAAGCCUAUACCUCAAGGUCCCAUUACUGCUCCAUCACUCAGAGGGCAUCGUUAUGGUCCUUCACUAACAUUACUGCUCCAUCACUCAGAGGGCAUCGUUAUGGUCCUUCACUAACAUUACUGCUCCAUCACUCAGAGUGCAUCGUUAUGGUCCUUCACUAACAUUACUGCUCCAUCACUCAGAGGGCAUUAUUAUGGUCCUUCACUAACAUUACUGCUCUAUCACUCAGAGGGCAUCGUUAUGGUCCUUCACUAACAUUACUGCUCCAUCACUCAGAGGGCAUCGUUAUGGUCCUUCACUAACAUUACUGCUCCAUCACUCAGAGGGCAUCGUUAUGGUACUUCACUAACAUUACUGCUCCAUCACUCAGAGGGCAUCGUUAUGGUCCUUCACUAACAUUACUGCUCCAUCACUCAGAGGGCAUCGUUAUGGUCCUUCACUAACAUUACUGCUCCAUCACUCAGAGGGCAUCGUUAUGGUCCUUCACUAACAUUACUGCUCCAUCACUCAGAGGGCAUCGUUAUGGUCCUUCACUAACAUUACUGCUCCAUCACUCAGAGGGCAUCGUUAUGGUACUUCACUAACAUUACUGCUCCAUCACUCAGAGGGCAUCGUUAUGGUCCUUCACUCAUUCACAUACAUUGUUUAAAGGUAAAUGACAGUCACUGGUGAAAAUGCACCUGAUUUACUAUUGAAUGCUGAAGGAAAUGGUUUAAUAAAUAGCCUAGUGCAUAGUUGGCUACUACUGCCCCAUGUAUCGUUUCUCUUUCAGGAGGAGCUCAACUUUUCUAUCCCAACACUUAUGCCACAGCAUUUCUACAAUCAAAAUAAACUAUCUACAAAUGGGAGACUUGUGCCCCGACACAGUGACUGUAACAGAGCCGUGUGUCUGUCUGGGGAAAUGAGAGCAGAGGGGGAGUGGCUUGUUAUAAUCCAAUCGUUGCAGCAAGCUCAACUGAUACCCCGCCUGUUUUCUUUACAGACAGAAGAACUAGCCAAUAGUUGUUUGGAGCACACAGCUCUUCAUAAUGUUUGAGUGAAAGAGAGAUGCGUUCUGGCAGCUGAAAAUUACUUUUUUCCGAUAACAGACAAUUACAAAAAAUACUUCUCAUAAUCGUAUUCGGAAAAUUCUCCUUAUCCGUUACGAUACUUGUUUUGUCCGAGUCCUCGGCACAUCCCUAGUUCAGGGACACUAAAGGGCCUUCACUCUGUUGUUGUUUACUUCCUGUCUUUGUCUCUAUGGUUACCAGGGACUCAGGACUUUUGAUGUGUUUAUAAAUAUCUGACUGGAAGGAGCUCAGAGCUCAGAGGCCUCCUCAGUUCCAUCCUCAUUAGGAGAACUGUUAGUCCUCCUCAGUUCCAUCCUCAUUAGGAGAACUGUUAGUCCUCCUCAGUUCCAUCCUCAUUAGGAGAACUGUUAGUCCUCCUCAGUUCCAUCCUCAUUAGGAGAACUGUUCGUCCUCCUCAGUUCCAUCCUCAUUAGGAGAACUGUUAGUCCUCCUCAGUUCCAUCCUCAUUAGGAGAACUGUUAGUCCUCCUCAGUUCCAUCCUCAUUAGGAGAACUGUUAGUCCUCCUCAGUUCCAUCCUCAUUAGGAGAACUGUUAGUCCUCCUCAGUUCCAUCCUCAUUAGGAGAACUGUUAGUCCUCCUCAGUUCCAUCCUCAUUAGGAGAACUGUUCGUCCUCCUCAGUUCCAUCCUCAUUAGGAGAACUGUUAGUCCUCCUCAGUUCCAUCCUCAUUAGGAGAACUGUUAGUCCUCCUCAGUUCCAUCCUCAUUAGGAGAACUGUUAGUCCUCCUCAGUUCCAUCCUCAUUAGGAGAACUGUUAGUCCUCCUCAGUUCCAUCCUCAUUAGGAGAACUGUUCGUCCUCCUCAGUUCCAUCCUCAUUAGGAGAACUGUUAGUCCUCCUCAGUUCCAUCCUCAUUAGGAGAACUGUUCGUCCUCCUCAGUUCCAUCCUCAUUAGGAGAACUGUUAGUCCUCCUCAGUUCCAUCCUCAUUAGGAGAACUGUUAGUCCUCCUCAGUUCCAUCCUCAUUAGGAGAACUGUUAGUCCUCCUCAGUUCCAUCCUCAUUAGGAGAACUGUUAGUCCUCCUCAGUUCCAUCCUCAUUAGGAGAACUGUUAGUCCUCCUCAGUUCCAUCCUCAUUAGGAGAACUGUUCGUCCUCCUCAGUUCCAUCCUCAUUAGGAGAACUGUUCGUCCUCCUCAGUUCCAUCCUCAUUAGGAGAACUGUUAGUCCUCCUCAGUUCCAUCCUCAUUAGGAGAACUGUUAGUCCUCCUCAGUUCCAUCCUCAUUAGGAGAACUGUUAGUCCUCCUCAGUUCCAUCCUCAUUAGGAGAACUGUUCGUCCUCCUCAGUUCCAUCCUCAUUAGGAGAACUGUUAGUCCUCCUCAGUUCCAUCCUCAUUAGGAGAACUGUUAGUCCUCCUCAGUUCCAUCCUCAUUAGGAGAACUGUUAGUCAUCCUCAGUUCCAUCCUCAUUAGGAGAACUGUUAGGCCUCCUCAGUUCCAUCCUCAUUAGGAGAACUGUUUGGAUGCAGUAAUAACCAGUGGUGUAGUGGAGGGUAAACGCACGAGGCUUACCUAAGAAGGAAAAAUGCAUUGAAAAUAAAGGAAGCUUUGCUUUAUUCACUGCGAAUGGUGAUCAGCGUUUACCCACCAAUGGUAACAACUCUCCAUUAUCCCUGUCUCCAGAUUAUAGUAGUUAUAUGAUUCUAUGUGAUGUCUCCAGAUUGAGGGCCAAGGCCAUGGGGUGAUGUUUGACUGGAGUAGUUAUAUGAUUAUCCAUUAUCCCUGUCUCCAGAUUGAGGGCCAAGGCCAUGGGGCGGUGUUUGACUGUAAGUGUAGUCCUGAUGGACAGCACUUUGCUGCUACAGACUCACAUGGUCACCUGCUCAUCUUCGGCUUCGGAUCCAGCAGCAAGUACGACAAGGUACACACUACGAGGCUACUACUACUACAAUACUAUACUACUACUACUACUACUACUACUACAAUACUAUACUAAUACUACUACUACAAUACUAUACUACUACUACUACUACUACUACUACUAAACUACUACUAUAUUACGAUACUACUACUACUAUACUACGACUACUGACUACACACUACUACUACUACACAUACUACUACUACUAUAAUACUACUACUACUACACAUAACUACUACUACUAUAUACUAUACUACACUACUCACUACAUACUACUACUACACACACUACUACUACUACACUACGAUACUACUACUACUAACUACUACUACACUACUACUAUAACAUACAUACUACUACUACUAAUACUACUAUACUACUACUACACUACUAUACUACUACUACUACUACUACUACUACAAUACUCUACUACUACUACUACUACUACAAUACUAUACUACUACUACUACUACUACUACUACUACUACGAUACUACACUACUUUGACUACUGCUUUACUACUUUUACUACUACGGUACUACACUACUACUACGAUACUAUACUAUGAUACUAUACUACUAUGAUACUCUAAUACUACUACUACCACUACUACUAUGAUACUAUACUACUAUGAUACUACUACUAUUACUACUACUACCACUACUACUAUGAUACUAUACUACUAUGAUACUACUAUUACUACUAUGAUACUAUAAUACUUAUACUACGACACUACUAUACUACUUUUCUACUACAUACUACUGCUACGAUACUAUGCUCCAAUACUACAACUACGAUACUACUACUACUACUUUUGCUACUGUACUACAAUGAUACUACUACUACAUAUACCUCAAUACUAUACUACUACUACUACUGCUAUGAAACUAUACUACUAAUACUACUACUACUACAGCUACUGCGAUACAAUACCAGUUCUACAACUACUAUGAUACUAUACUACUAUACUACUACUACUACUACUAGUAGUAUGAUACUACUACUACUACUACUACUACUACUACUACUACUACUACUACUACUACUACUACUACUACUACUACUACUACUAAUAAUAAUAAUAAUACUGCUACUACUAAUACUGCUACUACUAAUACUGCUACUACUACUUUGAUACUAUACCACUACCACUAUGAUACUAUACUACUACUACUAUGGCUACUACUACUAUACUACAACUACUAUGAAUACUACAAUACACUACUACUACUACUACUACUAGUACCACUAUGAUACUACUACUACUACUACUACUACUACUACUACUACUACAGUACUGUGCUUCUAAUACUAUACUACUACUGUUACUACUACUAUGAUACUAUACUAUUAUGAUACUACUACUACACUGUUACGGUACUACUGCGAUACUACUACUACUACUACUACUACUACUACUACUACUACAGUACUGUGAUUCUACUACUAUACUACUACUGUUACUAGUACUAUGAUACUAUACUAAUUCUACUACUACUAUUAUAGUACUACUCUACAACCUAUUGUGCAACUACUCAACAACAUCUUUCUCUCUCCCUCCCUCUCCCAGAUAGCGGACCAGAUGUUCUUCCAUACUGACUACCGGCCGUUGAUCCGGGAUGUUAAUAACUACGUGUUAGACGAACAGACCCAGCAGGCACCUCACCUUAUGCCCCCUCCCUUCCUGGUGGACGUAGACGGGAACCCCCACCCCCCUCCAUACCAACGCCUCGUACCCGGACGAGAGAGCUGCAGAGACCAGCAGCUCAUACCACAGAUGGGAGUCACCUCCUCA